AUGGCUUCUCGGAAACUGCGCCGGCCGAACAGCUACCAUCAACACAGUAAUAACCACCGUCACAGCCAAGGACAUCCUCAGCCCUCGGAUUACGAUUCCGAUUACCAAAUUUACCUCUCCGACGCCCAGCAAAUGGCUGAUCAGCAAGAUCAAAGCACUCCUUCUGCUCCUCUGCGUACAAACGAGGAGCUUAACCUCUCUGUCCUACAACGCCAUAAUCCUGCCGUCAACUCGAUCCAAUCUCUUGCGCCCUUUUCCGUCGUCUAUACCUUCAGUCCGUCCACAAGGCAGUGGGAGAAAACCGGAGUAGAAGGCACUCUGUUUGUCUGCCAACUCGUACCGGGCAGCCUUGGGGAGGAGCGAUACAGCGUGUUUGUGCUAAACCGUCGAGGGUUGAACAACUUUGACCUUCCGUUGACGGACGGCGAGAACGUCGAGAUUACAGAAGAGUUUAUUAUCCUCAAGUCUGAUUCAGACGCGGGCUCUCAUAGUAGCCCGCCAACUGGCCAAUCGGCCACCAAUAAUGGUCGUGCAAAUGGUGACAUUCGCAUUUACGGUCUAUGGGUCUUUUCCGAACCCCCUCCGAGCUCCACUGCAGAAACACGAAACAUUAAUGCGCAGGUUAUCCGGGAGUGUGCCUUCCUGGCCGGUCAGAGCCUGAAGCUAGCGCGAGAAAGACUCGAGAAUACCCGCCAGAAUGGCAUGCAUGCUGCAGCUGCAGCUUCGGCAAGCACGGAUCCGUUGAAUGACGUACAUGGCAGCGUUCCGAUGGGUCGCCAGGUUUCUCUGAGGGACUUGUUCGGACAGGAAAGGGCGCAGGAUGAUGCUUGGAGUGUAAGGGCACAUAGUCAGGGUCAGCCCCCAGCACACCAACCGCCAGCAUUCCAAGCCCCGCCGACAGCACCACCAGGACCGACUCAGCCUGAUGUCCUGGGAGAUCUGUUUAGGCGGAGCGGUUUGGCGUUUCCUGGUGGGCAGAAAACUUGA